GCCGGGCGGGCGGGGGAGGCGCGUCGGCUUGGCGGAGGCGAGUGCGCAAGCGAGGAGCAGCCGUCUUCCCCUCAGCCGCCGCCGCCGCCUUCAGCGCGAGCGACGCGGCCCAACGUCCGCUCGCGCAAAAAGAGCCUAGCCGCCCUCGCGCCAGGAUGUCGCGCUCGGUGCUGCAGCCCAGCCAGCAGAAGCUGGCCGAGAAGCUGACCAUCCUCAACGACCGCGGCGUCGGCAUGCUCACCCGCCUCUACAACAUCAAGAAGCAAGGACAAGUAUGGAAGGCAUGUGGAGACCCAAAAGCAAAACCAUCAUAUCUUAUUGACAAAAAUCUUGAAUCGGCCGUCAAAUUCAUUGUCAGAAAAUUUCCAGCUGUCGAAACACGCAACAACAAUCAACAGCUUGCUCAGCUGCAGAAAGAGAAAUCAGAGAUUCUGAAGAAUCUGGCUUUAUAUUACUUCACGUUUGUUGAUGUUAUGGAAUUUAAGGACCAUGUCUGUGAAUUGCUGAACACUAUUGAUGUUUGCCAAGUCUUCUUUGAUAUUACUGUAAAUUUUGAUUUAACAAAGAACUACCUAGAUUUAAUCAUAACCUACACAACGCUAAUGAUACUGCUGUCUCGGAUUGAAGAGCGGAAGGCCAUCAUAGGGUUGUACAACUAUGCUCAUGAGAUGACACAUGGAGCAAGUGAUAGGGAAUACCCACGUCUUGGCCAGAUGAUUGUGGAUUAUGAGAACCCUUUGAAGAAGAUGAUGGAGGAAUUUGUGCCACAUAGUAAAGCUCUUUCAGAUGCCCUAAUCUCACUCCAGAUGGUCUAUCCUCGACGAAACCUCUCAGCUGACCAAUGGAGAAACGCACAACUCUUGAGCCUCAUCAGCGCUCCCAGCACAAUGCUUAAUCCUGCACAGUCAGACACAAUGCCAUGCGAAUACCUGUCUCUGGAUACAAUGGAGAAGUGGAUCAUAUUUGGGUUUAUUUUGUGCCAUGGAGUCCUGAACAGUGAUGCAACUGCUUUGACCCUUUGGAAGCUUGCUCUUCAAAGCAGUUCUUGCUUGGCUCUGUUUCGGGAUGAAGUUUUCCAUAUUCACAAAGCUGCAGAAGACUUGUUUGUAAACAUAAGAGGCUAUAACAAACGUAUUAACGACAUACGAGAGUGCAAGGAAGCGGCUGUAUCACAUGCUGGUUCAAUGCACAGAGAAAGACGCAAAUUUUUACGGUCUGCACUGAAAGAACUAGCUACUGUCCUGUCAGAUCAGCCAGGACUGUUGGGUCCCAAGGCACUUUUUGUCUUUAUGGCAUUAUCGUUUGCUCGUGAUGAAAUUAUUUGGCUUCUACGACACGCAGAUAACAUGCCAAAGAAGAGUGCAGAUGAUUUCAUAGAUAAGCACAUAGCGGAGCUGAUUUUCUACAUGGAAGAGCUCAGGGCACAUGUACGAAAAUAUGGCCCAGUUAUGCAAAGAUACUAUGUGCAGUACCUAUCGGGCUUUGAUGCAGUUGUCUUAAAUGAACUUGUGCAGAAUCUUUCGGUAUGCCCUGAAGAUGAGUCCAUCAUUAUGUCCUCUUUUGUAAACACCAUGACCUCCUUAAGUGUGAAGCAAGUUGAAGAUGGGGAGGUGUUUGACUUCAGAGGAAUGAGGCUCGAUUGGUUUAGAUUACAGGCCUAUACUAGUGUAUCUAAAGCUUCGCUUGGCCUCGCAGACCACAGAGAACUUGGAAAGAUGAUGAACACAAUCAUUUUCCACACAAAAAUGGUAGAUUCCUUGGUGGAGAUGUUGGUGGAAACAUCUGAUCUUUCUAUAUUUUGUUUCUAUAGCCGUGCUUUUGAGAAGAUGUUUCAGCAGUGUUUGGAACUACCCUCUCAGUCCAGAUACUCCAUUGCAUUCCCACUGCUUUGCACUCACUUUAUGAGCUGCACCCACGAGCUGUGCCCAGAAGAGAGACAUCACAUUGGGGACCGUAGUCUUUCCCUUUGCAACAUGUUCCUGGAUGAAAUGGCUAAGCAGGCUCGGAACCUUAUCACAGAUAUUUGCACUGAGCAAUGUACUCUAAGUGACCAGUUGCUGCCAAAGCAUUGUGCCAAAACCAUCAGUCAAGCAGUGAAUAAAAAGUCAAAAAAACAGACGGGUAAGAAAGGAGAACCAGAAAGAGAAAAACCAGGAGUAGAAAGCAUGAGAAAAAACAGGCUGGUGGUGACCAAUCUAGACAAACUGCACACGGCACUUUCUGAGCUCUGCUUCUCAAUCAAUUACGUUCCAAACAUGAUUGUGUGGGAACACAUUUACCCCAAGGGAUACUUAACAUCACACCUGGAAAUCCGUUUUACUAAAAAUUAUGUACAGGUUGACAUCACAAGAGUGUUUAAUAACGUGCCUCCUUCAACAAAACGCCAGCACUUAGAUAGUCAUGGGAAGCCAACCUUAUUACCAGUCUGUACACAGAUGAAACUUGUGGUAGAGAACGUUGAAGUGCUAACGCAAAUGAGGACCAGUUUUGAUAAACCAGAUCAGAUGGCAGCACUCUUCAAAAGAUUGUCGUCUGUUGAUAGUGUUUUGAAGAGGAUGACCAUUAUCGGUGUUAUCUUAUCUUUCCGGUCAUUGGCACAAGAAGCUCUUAGAGAUGUCUUAUCAUAUCACAUUCCUUUCCUUGUAAGUUCAAUUGAAGACUUUAAGGAUCACAUUCCAAGAGAGACAGAUAUGAAGGUUGCAAUGAAUGUAUAUGAGCUCUCAUCAGCUGCAGGACUGCCUUGUGAGAUAGAUCCUGCUCUGGUUGUAGCACUUUCUUCCCAAAAAUCAGAAAACAUUAGUCCAGAGGAAGAAUAUAAAAUUGCCUGCCUUCUGAUGGUCUUUGUGGCUGUCUCCUUACCAACUUUGGCCAGUAAUGUGAUGUCUCAAUACAGUCCUGCCAUUGAAGGUCACUGCAACAAUAUCCAUUGCCUGGCCAAAGCAAUCAACCAGAUUGCUGCAGCUUUAUUUACCAUUCACAAGGGAAGCAUUGAAGACCGUCUCAAAGAAUUCUUGGCUCUUGCAUCCUCUAGUCUACUGAAAAUCGGUCAGGAGACAGACAAAACCACUACAAGGAACAGAGAAUCUGUUUACCUACUGCUAGACAUGAUCGUCCAGGAGUCUCCAUUCCUGACCAUGGAUCUUCUGGAGUCUUGCUUUCCAUAUGUCUUGCUCCGAAAUGCAUACCAUGCUGUGUACAAACAAAGUGUCACAUCAUCUGCCUGAAUAUCUGCUUUAACUGGAGACAACCUAAGCACGCAUCUAUGUUGCCUCAGUUUUACUUGUGUAAACUGUGGAGCUGUUUUACUUUAUGGCCUGGCAAAGAGUUUUGUGGAUUAUAAACUUUUUCCCAAUGCAGUUGUAUUUCUGACCAGUGGUUUCUUAAUAUGGUUGUACUACAAUAUAAGCUUGGCUGAUUUUAGGUUGCACAUUUUGCUGAUUUGUUUUCCUUUUUAUUUUAGAAUAAUCAUAAUUAUGUUUUAAAAGAUAAAUACUAUUUCAACUAUGUUUUUUUCUUCAUAUCCAAUCGUGCAGGAAUCAUAAUGGCUUGUUUAUUUCCAGGAAGAACUCUAUUUAGUGAUUAUUUUAGUGUACCUAGCUUUCAUCUGUGUGUAAAUUAUUUCAUAUAGGGAGAGUUACAAUCUGUACCUAUUGUUCUUAUCAGAAACAAGACUUGGAUGUGCAUUUCUGUGAAUGACAACAUUUCUACUUUUUUUUUUCUUUUUGAAACACUCACCCAAAUUAAUGACUGAUGCUAUCUAAUAUUAAAAAUUGUUGUAAGACUGCUUAGACAGCAGUCUCCUCCAUACAAUCUUAAACAGCAGCAAGUGGUUUUGUUUGUAUAAAGCUUACAUAGUGGAAUUUUUUAAAGACUAAUUUCCAUGGUGCCCCGUUGGCAUUAACACUACAUUGUACCCUGCUGUAUAAUAAACGUUCUUAAUGCAUUUAUCAAAUGUUGAUAAAAUGUUAGCCCUUUAACCACUUUUUAUAUGUUUUAAAUUUUUGAAAUUCAAGUGUACCUUCCAUUACAUACAAUAAACACUACACUGUAUUACGUG